AAAACCCUCCUUUAGAAAAUUUGAACUUUUCAACUCAUUUUCUUCCACUUUCUUAAAUCCUCAGUUCCUCACCAACCUUCACUCUUGUUAUCGCUCUCAUAAUCUCGACCCUUUUUGGUGGAUCUAUUGAGCUCUGGCGUAGCAUAAUUAGAAGUAGCAGCUGCUGCAGAAACAAGAAAAAGUGUUUUCAUGGCGGAAUCGCGGUGAUGUUUGAGUUUGGAGGUGGCGUUUGGAGGAGCUGCUGAGUGCUGCUUAGAGGACAUGGAAGGUCGUGGCGGUAGCGGCGGUGGUGGGAGGAGGAUUACGGUGAGUCCGAGGCCGUGCAGUGGGCGGAGAGUGGUGGCGAAGAAGAGAACACGUGGCGGUGUAGGAGGAACAGAUGGGUUCUUGAACAGUGUGAAGAAGCUUCAGAGGCGCGAAAUCAGCUCCAAACGAACCCGUGGGUUCAGCAUGAGCGAUGCGCAGGAGAGGUUUCGCAACAUCAGAUUGCAGGAAGAAUAUGAUACACAUGAUCCAAAAGGCCGUCCCUCCGUGGUAUUACCCUUUCUGAGAAAAAGGUCAAAGAUUAUUGAGAUUGUAGCAGCACGGGACAUUGUUUUUGCUCUUGCACAAAAUGGUGUUUGUGCGGCAUUUAGCCGAGAGACCAAUGAACGGAUAUGCUUCUUGAAUAUCACUCCAGAUGAAGUUAUCAGAAGCUUGUUUUACAACAAGAACAAUGAUUCACUUAUCACAGUUUCUGUCUAUGCUUCAGACAGUUACAGUUCUUUGAAAUGCAGAAGCACAAGGAUUGAAUAUAUAAGACGGGUUCAAUCAGAUGCUGGUUUUGCUCUUUUCGAAUCUGAGUCAUUGAAAUGGCCAGGUUUUGUGGAGUUUGAUGAUGUAAACGGGAAGGUACUCACGUACUCUGCUCAGGAUAGCAUCUACAAGGUGUUUGACCUAAAAAACUAUACAAUGUUAUACUCCAUAUCAGAUAAAAAUGUACAAGAGAUUAAGAUCAGUCCGGGGAUCAUGUUGUUGAUUUUUGCUAAAUCAAGCAGCCAUGUCCCACUUAAAAUUCUUUCAAUAGAAGAUGGUACUGUUUUGAAGUCUUUCAAUCAUCUCCUCCAUCGGAAUAAGAAGGUGGAUUUUAUAGAACAGUUCAAUGAAAAGCUUCUUGUGAAGCAAGAAAACGAGAACCUCCAAAUUCUUGAUGUGCGGACUUUUGAGAUAACAGAAGUCAGUAGAAGUGAAUUUAUGACACCAUCUGCAUUUAUAUUCCUGUAUGAGAAUCAAUUGUUCCUUACAUUUCGAAAUCGAACUGUGGCUGUCUGGAACUUCCGUGGAGAACUUGUAACUUCUUUUGAAGAUCACCUCUUGUGGCAUCCUGAUUGCAACACAAACAACAUAUAUAUAACCAGUGACCAGGAUCUCAUCAUAUCAUACUGCAAGGCUGAUUCUGAUGAUUCAUUAUCUGAAGGAAAUGCGGGAUCCAUCAAUGUCAGCAACAUUCUAACUGGUAAGUGCCUUGCGAAGAUAAAAGCAAGCAACAGCUCUCCCAUUGUAAACCAAUGUAGUUGCGGCGACGAUUGUUCAGGUAGCUGUCAUAACACGAGGAAACAAAAACAUGACACCAAAACUAGGAGCACAGUUGCAGAAGCUUUGGAAGAUAUUACUGCUCUCUUCUACGAUGAAGAGCGCAAUGAGAUCUACACGGGCAAUAGCCACGGUCUGGUUCAUGUCUGGUCCAACUGAUGUGUUGCUAUAUUUAUUUUGCCUUGUUCCUUGUAUUAUCUUUCUUUUUUUCCAUGAUUAGAAGUGAUGAGUUAAAGGCCAAUGCAGCAUUGUAUGAUUCCUGUAACUGGUCUCUCUUGGACACCUAGUGGUACAAAGCUUAAUUGUUGUUGGAGGUGAUAAUUCUAUGUUAUAGGUUAAGUUUGUUUCUUAGGUAGCAAGAAAUCUGUAUUAAGUGAAAUACUCUGUUCGGAUAACUAGCCAAAAGUUGUGUAUCCUGUAAUUUACAUUACAUUUAUGGAUCCACCUCUUGGAUGGAAA